UUUGAACACAAAAACAGAUCUCUCUCUCUCUCUCUCUCUCUCUCUCUCUCUCUUUUCCAUUUAUUAGUAUCAAUCGGUAGGAACUCAGGCUUCUCUCAGGGCUUGAUAGCCAUCAGAUUCAAUUGGGCAAGCCACAGAUGAUGAUGAAGUCCUCCAUUAAAGCUCUCCACCAAAGCCUCUGCACUCUCCCUCCCCGGGCGCAGACCUGCCUCUGUGUCCACGAAUCCCAGACCGACUCCUUCCGCCUCGCCGCCGAUGACCUCUACAACGACUUCAACUCCAUCCACCUCGGCAAAGCAGAGCAACAACGAGAAACAGAGAACAACCAUACCGACCGUUGCUGCCACCACCACCUCCUUCCAGCUCGUGACUCCACCUCCUUCGACGAAUCCUCCGCCGAGCCAUGCUCCUCGUCAGCGGCCUCGUCGUCGGACUGCGCCCUCGACAGCUUGGCAAGGAGCCUGAGCUCGAAGCGCUUCUUCUUCUCUCCCUGCACCACCAACUCCAUCCUGGAAGAAGGCAAAAGGGAGAAGGAAGAUGGUAGUGAUGGCGGCAGCGGCAGCGGCAUCAGUGGGGACGGUGAUGGCGUCUUCGAGCUCGGAAAGGGAGAAAGGUUGCCGCUCCGCGAGGAGAGCGUUUCGUUGUCGGUGAAUUCCGAGGACCCGUUUCAGGAUUUCAGGGCGUCCAUGGAGGAGAUGGUGGAAGCUCUCGACAUCAGAGAGUGGUCUGGCCUGCAGGAGCUGCUGCAAUGCUACCUGAGGCUUAAUGAGAAGCACGCUCAUAGAUUCAUCAUCUGCGCCUUUGUUGAUCUCAUCAUGAACAUUGCCGAUCGCACCAAAGAGCGCUAGAUUCAUAAGCAGUCUCCUCCUUCCUCUAAUUGUGCUUAUAAUUUUUCUUUCCUCUCUCUAAUUGCUUCAAUGAAAAACUAUUUAGUUUUGGAGAAA